CCUAAACUAAAAGAAAAAAAUUUUUUCUUAAUAUAGGCAGGACACCAUAUCAUCGAUUUGGCUCUUGAUUAUCGUCAGUCUCAUUUUGUAGCGAUUGACAAUUGUGAUUUAUUACCCGAUGAUUUUGAAGAAGAAGGUAAACUUAUCGAAUAUGGAACAACGGGUGAACAACCACAACAGUAUUUUACUCCAGUUCAUCCCAAUUUAUCUAAAUUAAACAACCUGACACCCGUGCUAGCUUCGAAUUGCUCAUUGACAAGCCAAGAGACGAGUCUGUCAAGUCAGCUGACCCAAGAAGAAAUGAAAAUAAAGAGAUGUCUAUUAAAAAACCUCGAUUUCUAUCAAGUGGAUGUCACUCAGGAAAGAUUGCCCUUUCAGGAUGAUGAAUUUGAUUUUGUUAAACAAAGAUUGGUCACUGUGUCCUUUACGCUUGACAAUUGGAGAUCUGUCCUACAGGAGUUGAUUCGAGUGACCAAACCAGGUGGAUACAUUGAGUUGAUCGAGUUUGACUUUUCGACGUGCAAUCUUGGGCCUAAAGGAUCAAAACUAGAGACAGACAUGUUGGAGGCAGCUAGGCGACUUGGAUGUGAAGCAAGAAUGGCCGCUUAUCUGGCCGAUGCAUUAAAAGCACUCAAUUUGGAAGACGUCAAUUGUAAAUCAGUUUCUAUUCCUCUGGGAGAAUGGGGAUUGGACCUUGGCGUCCUUUGGAAGCAUAAUUUGGAAUCGUUUGCAGAGUCGACAAGCCCAGUGUUGAGUCAAAUGUUAAACAUUUCAGUAACGGAGUACAAGGAACGAUGGCGUGAUUAUUUCGAGGAAGUGAAAGAGACCAAGUCAUUUACAAAUGUUUACUCUGUUUGGGCUAAAGUACCUUUGGAUUAUAAUCCUGAUAACAUUGAUUGGUCUUUAUGUCCAGUGCUUAAGUUAUAGUAUUUUGUUUAAUUAAUUCCAUUUAUACCUUUGUAUUAUAUAAAAUAAUAAAUAGAUACCAAAUCUGAGAACUUGUC